AUGGUAAUGCAAAUAGUUGCUACUGUCGCUGCCAUUUGUAUCCUUUAUAAGCUUUUCGAUUGGUUGUCACGGUUACCGACUAUCGAUGGCAUCACAUCUAAGUACGUCCUUAUUACCGGCUGCGACACUGGUUUUGGAAAUUUACUCGCCCAAAAAUUGGACAAAAAAGGAUGUAAAGUGAUAGCGGCCUGUCUCACGGACAAAGGAGCACGUGACCUAAAAGCUGUGACGUCACACCGUCUAACGACAUUGAGUAUGGACGUAGCAAGUGACAAGAGUAUCAAAGCAGCUUAUGAAAAAGUCAAGAAAAUCCUACCAAAAGGAACAGGCUUGUGGGGCCUCGUAAACAACGCAGGCAUCAUGGGUGAACUUGGUAUGCCUGAUUGGUUCAGCAGAGAUGAGUAUAAGCCUUGUUUUGAAAUAAACGCAUUGGGUCUGAUCCAAGUUACAAUGACCUUCGUACCUCUGCUAAAGAAGGCCAAAGGUCGCAUAGUAAACGUUUCAAGUAUUGCUGGUUUGAUGACCUUCAGUGAUAAUAUACCUUACAGUAUCUCCAAAUAUGCAGUCGAGUCUGUCUCAGAUGGCAUCAGGUCGUGGUUGCGUCCUUUCGGGGUAUCUGUGCAUAUUAUCGAGCCAGGUUUCUUUAGAACGAAUUUGACAAAUUGGGAUAUUCUCGAAAGAAAAGUUCUCCGACGAUGGGAGGCGCUUGACCCAGAAACAAGGAACGAAUAUGGAGAAGAAUGGUUCCAAAGAUUUCGUGAAGGAGCAAAGAAAGCUUUAUGUGAGCGUACCAACACCAAGACAUACCUGGUGCCCGAGGCGAUGGAACACGCCCUCACCGCUGUGAGACCACAACUGCGUUAUCAUGUUGGUAUGGAUGCGAAGGUGCUGUGGGUGCCGUUGUCAAGGUUACCUGCUAGUAUUCACGAUUUUAUCCGGCGCUUAUUACGAGGCAAAGCAAAUAUUCCAAAAGGAGCCCAGCCAUGAAUCAUUGCCAGGUGCUGAAGGAGGUCGACACCCACGUACUAUUAAAAGACCGUGAUUAUCGACUACUGCAGCCUGAGAGCAUCAUGGGUGCUAGCUGAGAACCACCUACUAGUGUUUGUUUUUCUAAUUAAUUUCUGGUAUUACUGAAACUUUUUUUUCAUUGUGUUCCAAAUAAAGUUGUUCUUUGUCAAU